GAUGCGCGCCCCGUGCUCAGCACGGCCCGUUUGAGUACCCACUGCACCGGCGAAUUCGCGGUGCUGGGCUCGGCGCGGGGCGCGCAAAUUGACGUUACCAGGCCCUCGCGGCCUGGACAAGGUGCUGGGAUGCCGAGCAUUGGCUCGGGCGCGUACAGCUGUCCAGGCAGACGCGCAUCGGCAGACGCGCCAUCGCGUGACAGCGCGACCUGUCACACAUGUGCCGCCAUUCUCCCACCGCCGAUAGCGCUUUGA